AUGGUGCCGCCUGCCGCCGCCGACUCGCGCUCUGCCCUGCCGUCUCCGUCGGCUUCCAUCGACCAGCAUCAACACCAACACCAACACCACCAGCCCGAAUCGCGAAACAGAAAACGCCCGCAUCCACCCACCGACUACCACCCGCCCAGCCCCAGCCAGACCCCGGCAACUGUGAAGGAAUACCCCGACGCCGACGCCGACGCCGACGCCGACGCCGACGAAACCGCCGCGGCUGAGCGCACGGCCAAAGCCCAUCUGGCCGCUCUGCUGCGCGGUUAUUGCACCUACGCCAGCGCCCACCAGUGGCGCACCUGGAGCGAGAUUUUCGCCGAGGAUGCCGUCCUGACUUUCGAGUACUUCGGCCAGCUGCGUGGCCGCAGAGAAAUCUUCUGCGGCGUCGCUGGCAUGUCCCAUUUCUGGUACGACUCUACCUUCUUCUCCGACGUCCAUCUGGACCUCGAUCCCCGCCGACCCGACCAACGCGCCACGGGCACUGCCAAUCUGUGGUAUCGACGGCCAAAGAUGUCCCCAAACGCGCCCGAAACCCCGCUGAGCCCCGUGCCCGUGGAAGAUGACCAGGACGAAGACACCACCGCCGAUUGCGACUACUGCGGGCCCUAUGAGUUUGAGUUCGUCAAGGCCGGCCGAGAGUGGAAGAUCAAGACCAUGUCAUUGAAAGUCCUGAGCGAUCACAGGGAAGAUGUGGACAGGUUCUGCACGAGGUGUGACUGCAUUCCAUUGUCGACAUGCGGCACGCCAUGUCAUAUUUGA